UAGGAAUGAAAUCAAUUUUUUUUGUGAAAUUUAUUUAAGAAACUUAUUUAUUCAACAAAAUUUACGCAAGAAGAUGGUAUGCUUUCAAUUUGAGUAUUUGAGUAAAGGUGAAGUCCAGAGGAUAAUUUAGUUUUUGGUAAUCUGCAUUUGACUCAUGGUAUUGGAAUUGCAAUUUUCCUGUUUAAAUUGGAUUAUUUUUACUCUCAAUUGGAAGGCCCAGAUUCCGCACCCCAAAAAUGCAGCGGAAAUCUGAUCUUUUGAAAGAUGGAAAAGUGUUUGUUUUAUGUGCAAAUAAGCUCGUCGUGGAUGCACGAUCUAUGUUCAAUGAUGAGGAACCAAUUGCCUUCAAGAAGAUGUACCAAUUUUCCGAAGUCGAUGGGUUUCUGCAGAUAGCUGAAGAAUCAGCAGAUAUGAUAAAAUUCGUGGCCAAUGAACCCUCUGUUGGACUUCAUUACGUUCAACAGCACACCCAAAAUGCAGUGCCCAACCUUAUUAAUCUUAAGAAAAAGGUUUUUGAAAAAUCCCAUGAAACAACUUUGCAUUCAGAAGAUUUGGAGGAUUCGAUUACCAUGGUUAGAUCGAUGAAAGAAUUUGGCUUCCCGAUUGCUGAUGAGAUGAGCCGAGAGAUUAAAAAAUCUCUUGCUAUCAUGGCAAAAAAACAACCAAAGAAAGGAUUGCUAAAUAGCUCAGGACUUCGUAUUGGAAGAACCAGUUCUUGGUCUCCAGCCACCUGGGGUCGUAAUGCAGUUCAUUCAAAUCCAGGGGAGGAGAGGACGACUGGUUAUCUCUCAAGUGUUUUCCAGUCUGCAAAACAAAGAGCUGAAAAUUUCAAAUGGGCUCGAGUUGAGUUGAAAGAAUCAAGCCUUCCUGAGGGUGAGAAGCUUUUGUCCAUUGUUAAUCCCACACGCUCACUUGUAAAGGCAGUUGAUGGUUCGUCCUCAUCAAUGCCGGAGGCCGAGGCCAAAUAUUUGCCAUUGUCGAGUGAAGUUGAUGAGCUUCAAGAAGAAUCUCGACUUUAUAAAAGUUCCUCCCAUCAAGAAUUCCUCUCAUUAUCAGAGACAUAUCACGAGUUCAAGGCAGAUCAAGAAGCAAAACUCAAAGAGUGGUUGGGAGAUAAGGGCAAUGAGGAUCUUCAUCGACUAGAGAAAAAAGAAUUGCAUAACUGAAGUUGGUGACCUGGUGAAGUCCAUAAUCUAUGUACUAUAAGAAAAAAAGAUGAAUGUGUUUGAUUAUUGACACAAUAACCAUGUUCGUAUCUUUGAAAUCUAAUUGCUUGUAAUCUUAGUGCUGUUAGUUUGUGGCAUUUCCCUUAUUGUUAAGACUUUUCAUCUGUUUUCUGUCCAAUAUAAUGUCUGUAUGCGAUUUGCAAAAUAAAAUAGAUUUAUUUUCUUUUGUUACAGUGAAA